AUGCUCACCGUACCUCACCGGUAUGUGAAUACGAUGGACCCCAUCAGAGACCCAAAUGUCUAUAUACACCUACCCAACGGUGCCGCUUCACGUCAAUUUGCUAUUCCCGCCCAUUCGAGCACAAUUCAACAUGGACGCCAACGCUCUAGUGGUCUCAGCUAUGUCGAACAUGAAAUGUUAAGGCAGCGGAAAACACCCAACGGUAGACUGUUCGAGCAAGAUACUGCCGCGAUAGACAAGAAUGUCCAGUUCCCGGCUUCCAAGCAUGUCUUACUGUCUUCAUCACCCAACUUUCAACACCCCAGUCUUCCCUUCAGCUCACAAUGGCCAGUCUCCAACCAGUCACAGCGGACGGGAAGCACUCUUGGAGCCGAUUUUGGAAGAGAGGGAAGACAAGACGUACAAUCUCAGCCCUAUGGGACAUCCAAACCAUAUUCAUACCGACCGGCUUGGGAUUUCCCCGGCGGAUUGGACUCGGUGCUCAAUCAAACGCUCCCAAUACAUCCGACGCAGCGGUAUUACGUUCAACAUGGAACCAAUGUCCCCACUGUCCUUCCAUCUACUCUGCACUCUCCAUUCGGCCCCACAGCAUCCGCUGGUCAAGUGUUGUAUGGGCCCUAUUGGCCUGACGGUACCUACAAUCCAUAUCGACCGGCCGCCGUUCGAGACAGUCGAUUCUUCCCACGAGCUCCUGCAGAAAGAUUCCCUCUAGAUCACAUUCAACACUCCCAAACCCUUCGGAAACCAGCGCGACUUCCAGUUGUACCAAACCAUGCUUAUUUGCACAAUAUCCACCCGCAGAUGUUGGGUACCCCGUUGAGUUCUGUAGAAUCACCCUCGUCAAAAUGGAAUCUUGCACAGAAUAUAUACCAGAGCCCACAGUAUCCCUACCCCUAUCAAUUCUCGACACCCGACCACUCCAUGUCUGGUCCGAUGACCGUGACGAGACCGACCUUGGCUUCGCUCAUACCGAGUGCGAGCUCGGAACGGAUCGCUUUUAGGGAUAAGACCUUUGCCUGGGCCAACAAGAUAUACAAGGAUCUACUUCAAACAAUCCGAUGCAGUACGAAAGAUCACCGGACAAAUUCAUCGGAUAGCCGGUCAACGAUGAAACCUGCCAUCUUCCCGAAGCCGCCGAGGAGAACGGGAUCGCAUUUCCAGAACGAUUCAGCCGACAAAUCCACUCGACCACGGGACAAUUCGAAUCCAUUCCUUCGUACAGGGGGUGAUCCGUCGAUCUAUGAUACCCCUUCCCGCCCUCAGACCGCCAUCUUUAGACCUCAACCAAAUCAGUCCGGGCCCCAAUUUCAGUCUUCCCUCAACCACACCGAGUCGAACAAUCUUCCUGGAUACCAGUAUCCACCCCGAGACCGAAUUCCCGAGGUGCGACAACCCGGUGCCGCGACUGUGCCAGAUCUGUAUGCUCGACCGCCUUCUUACGAGUCCGCCAUCUCGGCGCUGAAUACGAUGGAAUUACUCUGUCAAGAGGCCGAUACUCCUUGGGUAGAUGGAAUGUUGUUGGUGGGAUGCCUGGCAUACGGACUAGGUAAUUAUGCCAAAGCUGAAGAGUGGUAUCGAGCAGUGUUGAAACAGGACCCCGGUCAUAUUGAAGCCAUGUCCAAUCUUGCAGCAACGUGCCAUGCUCUGCACCGCCGCGAGGAUGCACUUAAGUACUGGUCAGACGCAGUGAGCUUGCGGCCAAGCUACUUUGAAGCAGUCGAACAUCUCAUCGGACUAUUAUGCGCAAGUCAUCGCGCAAGAGAAGCCGUCAGCGUUAUCGAAUACGUGGAAAGUACCUUGCGAAUACGAAACGAAGACCCCCAUGCCUCUUGGGGUGAACUGAGUGAUACAGAAAGCGACACUCGAAGCCAUACCUCCAGUGUUGCUACGGUUGCUUCCUAUGAUAAUGGUCAUUCUGAUGUUGACUUCGAUUUCCACACUCCAACCGCUGGCACGGGUUCGGAGAGUCAAUCACCUGGCUUUGGUUCAAGCGGCUACGCGAUCCCCGGUGCAGAUAAUGGACGUAUGCUGGCUCUCAUCCACGCCAAAGGCAACAUGCUCUAUGCGCUGGGUAAUAAUCAUGGAGCGGCGGCGGCAUUCGAAGACGCUGUCCUGAUCUCCACCGGUCAAAGAAAGCGAGGCAUUCGAGGUUUGAUCAGCGAGAUUCUGCGGGCAUGUUUGUGCAGCAUUAGGGACCCCGAGUACGUUCGUUCCAAACUUGAAGGCAAGGAACCAAUUUUACUGGCGCCCGAGCAUGCCGAAGCCACGGCCAGACACAUGUUUCCCCCCGAGGGUGACCUACCUGGACUGGAACACGUCACGCCUCCUUUCGCUGUGCAGGCUGCCGUCUCGACCACCAGCAAUUCCUUGCUUUCCCUGGCCAAAAUAUACCAAGAUGGCAUGUCCAACGCUACCGACAUCGGCAGCCUGAGGUCCCCGAGCACACGAGAAAUUCUCGCCUUGUACUAUCUGUCUCUUUCCCUCCAGCGAAGUCCGUCGACCGCAAACAAUGUUGGAAUAUUGCUCGCAAGUGUUCAGCAGAGCGCCCAUCCUGCUCAUCUUGCGGAUUCAAAUUUUUCGCAAAUUUCCAACAUCCCGGGCGUCGUUGCUGGCAGUGGGAUUUCUUUGGCUUUGAUGUACUACAACUAUGGCCUCAAUAUCGAUCAGAAGCACGCUCACUUGUUCACGAACUUGGGCAGUUUGCUCAAAGACAUCGGUCAACUUGGAGCUGCGAUCAAGAUGUACGAACGAGCCGUGAGUUGUGACGGAAACUUUGACAUUGCAUUGGCAAAUCUUGCGAAUGCGGUGAAAGAUCAGGGUCGGGUGGCAGACGCCAUUGUGUACUACCGACGAGCUGUUGCGGCAAAUCCUGACUUUGCUGAAGCCGUCUGUGGACUGGCAACUGCUCUGAACUCCGUCUGCAGCUGGAACGGUCGCGGUGGAAUCUGUGCGAGUGAUAGAUUCCUCGAUCGAUUACACGUCGACGAUAAUGGUAUGAAGCAUGAGCCAUCUCAGCCAUACGGUUGGAUCAAUCGUGUGGUUGAGAUUGUCGAAAAGCAGCUCAAAGAUGGUGAGAACUGGGGAUGUGGAACACUAACUCCUAGUGUGAUCGAGUCACUUUCACUUCAGCUCAGUCAUCACAAGCAAUCUCCUCAAGACAACCGUGGGCGAACUCAUUUGUCGGAGACUCUGCGUCAAGCUCUUCGAUUCUGGUCUGGGCAGAAAUGGGAGGGUUCUCGAAUCGUCCGGCUGGUCGAACGCGCAAUCCGCCAGAUUGGAUGGCAGUGGUACCAAGAUCGUUACAAAGAGCACAAAGAGUACCCUGCACGCAAAUACACGCGUCCGCAGCUACCAAAUUCUCUGUCUCCUCCUUCGGCACCCACGGUUCUGCCUUUCCAUACCUUUACCGCACCGCUGUCGGCAAAACAAGUUCGACAGAUAUCGCAAAGAAACGCCUUGCGGAUAUCUGUCUGUACUCUUCGAUCCGCCUGGCUUCCGGCAACCGUAUUCCCACCGCCCUCGCCACCGAAUCCGUGUUUGAAUGUUGGCUAUGUCAGUUCGGAUUUCAACAACCAUCCAUUGGCACAUUUGAUGCAAUCGGUCUUUGGUCUUCAUGAUCCAUCCCGAGUCCGAGCCAUCUGUUACGCGACAACUGCCUCGGACGGUUCCGUUCAUCGACAACAAAUCGAACGGGAGGCUCCAGUGUUCUAUGAUGCAUCUGCUUGGAGCGUUGAGCGACUGGUCCAUCAGAUCGUCAAAGACAACGUCCACAUUCUCGUCAAUCUCAAUGGAUACACUCGAGGUGCGAGGAAUGAGGUCUUUGCCGCUCGACCUGCACCAAUCCACAUGUCUUUCAUGGGCUUCGCCGGCACUUUGGGAGCUGAAUGGUGCGAUUAUGUCUUCGCUGAUACCAUAUCUGUUCCCCCCAACACACUCGCCCCCUGGCGCCGAAAUGUGGACAUUGAGGACCGACUGAGACCCGAUUCACUGGUUGAAGGUGCCGAGGACUGGGUGUACUCCGAGAAUGUCAUCUUUGCUCGUCACUCGUUCUUUUGCGUGGACCACAAACAGAGUGCACCUGAUUCAGAACAGGGACCCCCCAAUCUCAAAGACCCGGCGAGUCGAGAAGCGGCCUGGGAACAGGAACAAGCAAAGCGCUGGAAGCUCCGGAAAGAACUGUUCCCUACGUUGUCAGAUUCAGCGGUCAUCCUGGGCAAUUUCAACCAACUGUACAAAAUUGAUCCUGCUACGUUCGAUAUGUACCUGCAGAUUCUCCAGAUGGUCCCCAACGCGAUCCUGUGGUUACUCCGUUUUCCCGAUCUCGGAGAGCAGAAUCUUUUGCGGUAUGCACGUGAUUGGACCAACCCAGAAGUUGCGUCUAGAGUUGUGUUCACCGAUGUGGCCGCCAAAGGGGCGCAUAUCACGCGUGCCUCGGUCGUGGAUUUAUUUCUGGACACGCCAGAAUGCAACGCUCACACCACGGCUGCUGAUGUGGUCUGGUCUGGCACUCCGAUUGUGACAUGGGGCAAAUGGAAAUAUAAAAUGUGCAGCCGCAUGGCAGGAAGCAUCGUCGCAAGCGCAUUACCCGAGGGUCGCGAAGGAGACGAUGCCCGCCGCGUUUUACUUGUCAAGAGCGAGAAGCAAUAUAUUGACACCGCAAUCGCACUUGCGAAGGGACUCAGGUAUCCUGCAACCGAUUUGGCCGGACAGAAGGUUGGCAGAGGCAAGGGCCGUCUGGUGGAUCUCCGCCGUAUGCUAUGGGAAGGGCGUUGGAAUAGUCGACUCUUCGACACGAAGCGCUGGGUGCGUGACCUAGAAAAGGCGUAUUGGAAGGCUUGGGAAAACUGGGAAAAGGGCGAAGGUGGUGACAUUUGGUUAGGAUGA